GAUUCUGCGGUAAAGAUGGCGGGGUCGGAGGGGGCGCGUAAUGGCUUCGACAGCACGGAUCUGCCCCCUGUGCGUCUGAUUUAGAGGGAAAAAAGAAAGAAAGACUUCGGGAUUAUUAGAUCAAGAAGGGCCGGUUUGCCGCGGUAUCGAGUGGUGGCGUUAAAGUGAACCGAACUGAUUGGUGACACAUUGUGCAGAGUAGAGAGAAAGAGAGAGAGGGAGAGAGGCGAGGCGAGGCGAGGUGUGGUGGGUGGGCUCAAACCCACACACACCAACACCGACCGCUAGCUCUUGGGCUAGGCUAUCGAGCUAAGAAGUGGGGGGUGAAAAGCACAGUCAAUAGACCCGCGCUUGAGAGAGAGAGAGAGAGGGGAUGUGAUGUGAUCCAGGCGGACGCGGGUGUUUCCGUGCCUCGGUCCCGGCGGAUCUUUUCACGCAGCGAUGGGACAGCAGGUAGCGCGGGUGGGUGAGGGGGCCGCGGCGGCAGCGGCGCUGCAGAGUCCACCGCACGGCCACGCGCAGCAGCCGCAGGCUCACCAGAGCAAAGGCACCCGCGGGAGCAGCUCCGGGAGGAGACCGCGGGAAGCACCGAGCGCCGCCGGGACACCAGCGUGCAGGCUCGCCGUCCCCGCUAACGCGUCCGACCCUGGGAUUAACAUCUUUACUCAACAUUCAGAAGCCCUGCAUAGGCCAUUUGGAUUGGACUCGUCGGCUUUGACUGAGGCGGUGCGUUGGAGCUCAAAGGAGAACCUGCUGGGUGCCGCCGAGAGCGACCCCAACCUGUUCGUCGCACUUUACGACUUUGUGGCCAGUGGUGACAACACGCUUAGCAUCACGAAAGGAGAGAAGCUCAGAGUGCUGGGCUACAACCAGAAUGGCGAGUGGAGCGAGGUUCGCUCCAAAAACGGACAAGGCUGGGUUCCUAGUAACUACAUCACCCCGGUGAACAGUCUGGAGAAGCACAGCUGGUAUCAUGGACCAGUGUCUCGCAGCGCAGCCGAGUAUCUACUCAGCAGCCUCAUCAACGGCAGCUUCCUGGUGAGGGAGAGCGAGAGCAGCCCGGGCCAGCUCUCAAUUUCACUGCGCUACGAGGGCCGAGUCUAUCACUACCGCAUCAACACUGCCUCUGAUGGCAAGGUCUACGUAACAUCUGAGAGCAGGUUUAGCACAUUAGCCGAGCUGGUCCAUCAUCAUUCCACUGUAGCGGACGGUUUGGUGACGACGCUGCACUACCCAGCCCCGAAAUGCAACAAGCCCACUGUCUACGGCGUCUCGCCCAUCCACGACAAGUGGGAGAUGGAGCGCACCGAUAUCACCAUGAAGCACAAGCUAGGAGGAGGCCAGUAUGGCGAGGUCUAUGUGGGUGUCUGGAAGAAAUACAACCUUACUGUCGCUGUCAAAACACUCAAGGAGGACACUAUGGAAGUGGAGGAGUUUCUGAAAGAGGCUGCUGUCAUGAAAGAGGUGAAACACCCCAAUCUAGUGCAGCUGCUUGGUGUGUGCACACUGGAACCUCCGUUCUACAUAGUGACGGAGUACAUGCCUCACGGCAACCUGCUGGACUACCUUCGCGAAUGUGAGCGUGAGGAGGUGAACGCUGUCGUGCUGCUCUACAUGGCUACUCAGAUCUCGUCCGCCAUGGAAUACCUGGAGAAGAAAAACUUCAUUCACAGGGACCUGGCUGCACGAAACUGUCUAGUAGGAGAGAACCAUGUGGUGAAGGUGGCAGAUUUUGGCUUGAGUCGGCUGAUGACAGGAGACACGUACACAGCUCAUGCUGGCGCCAAGUUCCCCAUCAAGUGGACCGCACCGGAGAGCCUGGCCUACAACACCUUUUCCAUCAAAUCAGACGUCUGGGCGUUUGGAGUGCUUCUGUGGGAGAUUGCGACCUACGGUAUGUCUCCAUAUCCUGGCAUCGAUCUAUCUCAGGUUUAUGACCUGCUGGAGAAAGGCUACCGCAUGGAGCAGCCAGAAGGAUGUCCUCCGAAAGUUUACGAACUCAUGAGAGCAUGUUGGCAGUGGAGCCCAAUGGACAGGCCCUCUUUUGCAGAGAUCCAUCAGGCCUUUGAGACAAUGUUUCAUGACUCCAGCAUAUCAGAAGAAGUUGCAGAGGAACUAUGUAAGACUGCCUCUAGUGGUAAAAGUGGGGUAGUGCACUCGUUUAGUCACGAUCAGCCCCUCGUGCCUUCCAAGUCACGGCCGCAGAAGAAGCACUCCGACAAUAAGGAGAACAUGGAGGGGCUAGAGAGCCGGCAUGAGCCUGGAGCUCACGGUCCUUCAGCCUCUCUGCUAAUAGGUGACGGCCGUUCCAGCAGCUCUCCUGCUUUGCCCCGGAAGCAAAGAGACAAAUCUUCCGGUGGCCUCCUUGAUGACCCGUUGGAUGCCACCUUUACCCGUGACCGCAAAGCUGGCUUCUUUAGCUCCUUCAUGAAGAAGAAAUCAGCAACAACAACCACUUCCACCUCUCAGCCUCAGCACAACCUCCCCGUGACCUCGAGCAGCUCCUUUCGUGAUGUGGAGACCCAGUCGCUCAAGAAGUACGAGCCCACAACUGCUUUUGGUGGUCCUCCUCCUCCACCACUGCCUCAGAAUGAUGGGCUUGGGUUCUCUCCAUCUCAUGGAGAAGGAAACCAUGUUCAGUCACGGUGCUGUGGAGCCACUUUUGGGCAGAAACUCUCUGGGUCAAACUCGUCCACCUCUACCCAGGUGGGCAGCAGCAGUAGCUGGGCAGGACUUGCAGGCUUCUUCACACCACGCCUUAUCAAAAAGACCCUAGGGUUGCGCACUGGGAAGUCAUCUGGGAGUGACGAAGGCAGUGGGGGAGCUAGGCCCUUUCCUCGCUCAAACUCGACGUCCUCUAUGUCAGCCGGGCUGCUAGAUUUAGAACGCAUGGCACUAACGUUACCCAGGAACCGUAGCAAGCCAGCAUUGGAACGCACAGUGUCUGCCUCUUCGCAGCCAGAGAAUGGUGCCCCACGACCCUCAGAUACUCCGCCUAGAAAGGUGGAUGAGGGCACAGCACAGAUCCGAGACAGGCCCAAAGCUAAACUGCUGCCACGUGCUGUAUCAGUGGGCACAGGGGCGACUAGGGCACCAGGGGUUGGCGGUGAAGCAGAGUCUGAUGCUCAUACUCAGGGUAGAGUUGGGCAGGAUGACAGGCCAGCUUGGACUUCUCCGUCUAAAACAUUAGUUGGCCCACACAAUCAUAAAGUCCCGGUUCUGAUUUCUCCGACGUUGAAGCCCGGGGCAGCUGAUGCUCACAUGGUUGGCGUAGACUCACAGGGCAACCGCUUCAAACUGCUGGCUGACAGUGGCACUGAUAGGCCACGACUGAUCAAACCCAAGUGUGCACCCCCUCCUCCACCCACACUGCGCUCUCUUCAGCACAGUUAUAGUACGGAUAGUGCUGAUGAGGUGACUAACAUGAGCCCAGAGAUCAAUGGGGAUGGGGUUAAAAGGUCAGGAAGAGGCUCAGUAGGAGUUCGACCAUGUAUACCACCACCACAAGCACCUGCUGCUUCUUCCAGUAAUACAACAACAACCAAGAUAGCCAAUGGUGGCACUACCUCCGCCUCCACAAAGCUGACACUGAGACGGACCCGGCAGCAGGUGGAACGUAUACCACUGGAAAAAGUGAGUAAAGAAGCUCUGCUGGAGUGUGCCGAGUGCCUGAGCCUUGCGCUCCAUAGCAGUACAGAGCCAUGCUCCAGCAGCCAAGUUUUGGAUGCUGGUCACCAGUUACUCGACUACUGUUCGGGCUACGUAGAAUGCAUCCCACAAACACGCAACAAGUUCGCCUUCCGUGAGGCUUUGGGAAAGCUUGAACUCAGUCUCCAGGAACUGCGAGCUUCUUCUACGGGUGGAGGAGGCGGACAAGGCGGAAGUCCCGCUCUGGACAACUUGCACUCUUGCAUUAAAGAGAUCAGCGAUGUAGUGCAAAGGUAGUUGGCGGAGCCUCACAAACCCCCACUACCACAAUAGGACUUUUACAUGUUUUUAAGUAUUGUUUUGUAAUUGAUUAUGGACAGAGGAUAUUCUCUCUGAAGUACCUCAGUAAAAUCACUACAAAUGGUCUUUCCCCCCCCUCUGUCAUUGUUUACAGUGGACUUUGAAAUCGCCAAUUGGAAACAAAACUUGUAAAUAAGCUUGUUGUCCAAAACAAAUCACAUACAGUGCCCAGGUUUUGGCUACUUAUUUUAUUAACAUAAACAGCCAACGUUUUAAAGUAAAAGAGACUAAUCGAUGCCCACGAACCAGUCGAUUGACAUUUAUGAUAUUUGAAAGAUUCUCGUAAUUAUUACACAGGUUAAUUUUACUCACAAACCCGGACAUGUGAUUGUGUCUGAAUGCACAACAAAACCCAUCACCAUAGAAAUAGAUCAGGCAUGUCCUAGUUGGGCUCUGUACACACUGUUCAAUACUAGCAGUACUGAGCCUUUGGCACGAAGGGUACAUCAUGCAGUCACUGUCACCUCUGAUUGAUUUCAUACAUCUAUGUAUAGACAUUUCAGCAUUUCAUGGAAGGUUGUGGGUCUGUAGAAAUGCCAUGCUUUUCAUGUCCAUAUUUGAGGGCAUGGUGCUAUUUACUUGUGGAAUAGACGUAUGGUCAGCAUACUGUUGGUUAACAUGUUUCGUUUGAGUGACCUUUCAAAGUUGUGCUUCAGUGUCAGAAUUCUUAGCUAAUGUCAGAUUCAAGCUUCCAGUUAUUUCAUAGAAUUCAAAUGAUUAAACUCAAUAGGGACAAUCAUAAGAUGCAUGGUAAUAAUGGCAGUUAAUUCCAGCUGAUGUAAGUAUUUGAUAAAUAUGUGUAGCUGAUAUUUUUUACAGUUUGGAGCAAGAAAAACGAGUUCAUGGAUAAAAAGAUAGUUUCAUAUCCAGUACUUAUGUCAGAAUCUUAUAAAUCAAAUAUGUCAGGUUUACUGGUAUUCCUAUAGAUAUGUGAACAUUGAUUACAGGCUAUGACUCGGAAUGUUUUCAGAGGUUACAAGCAGGUUUUUGGUCCCUUGACCCAACAGUUGAAUGUGCUGUUUUCGACAUGGGUGGGCUUUUGUUUGUCUGGAUGGGAUACGGGCACAAGUUUGGACACUGUGGUUUCCCACUGUGACUAUAGACACUCACUGCAGAACAGCAACUUUUACUGCAAUAUUGCUAUAUAUAAGUGACACAACAAACUGCCAUUUCUAUAGCAUGUUUUUUUUUUUUUUUUACUUUUUUAUUUCAUUUUUUAAUUUUAGAAUGUCUUCUAAACUUGAAUUUUAAAUUAUUUCUUAUUAAAAGCACAAAAUUGUUCUUUUUGUUCUGUUUUAGUAAAUAAAUAAAUGAGCAUUAUGUCCUACAAGAUAUAUUAAAGACCAUCUUUAUGUAGCUGGGAGUGUGGUUGCCUAAUCAGAAGGAUACUGUUCCUUAUAGAAAAGAGAAUAUCGAAGUAAAACAAAGGUUUCCAUCUGAGCAUCUACAACAUGAAUGUAUCCAUCUUGUCAAAUGCUGCAUGAUUUCAUACGGCCUGACCAGACUCCAAAAACGCUAAAAUAGGGUGCAAUUCAUUUUUCUUUUCUUUCAAUUUUAAUGACAAAGUGAUGUAAAUUUAUUUUUUUUUUAAACACUGGAUGCAAUUUUAAAGCAUAGAUGUUGACAGGCUUGUCUUAAAUCAUCUAUGUGAUGUAAUAUGGAAAUGUAAGUGUAUGAUUCAUCUCAAAUUCAUUCAGAUUCCUCUGACCCAGAACAAAUUGUACAUUUAGGGAGCAAUUUUUGGUUUCGAUUAGAUGACUCUUGGUGGGUUUCUCUACCAUAAGCCGUUUCUGCGGAUUUACGGUGCCUUUUUUGGGAGAGAGUUCAUCGUGAAGAUACAAAAAAACGCAUUAGGAUGAUAAAGGGGAAAGCGCUUCUCAUUCAAAGCGUAAAAUGACUCGUCAGCGGUUAUAGGAUGUCUGACUUCAGCUGGAAGAUGUGCAAUGGUUUAUCCUGUAGCAGUAAAACAAAAAGACAAGGCUUUUAAGAGUGUUUUAACUUUUCUGAUAAAGAUCAUUUAUUGGUUAUAUCUUGUUCCUCAUGCUGACUAAAAUCUCAGUUUUGAUCCUUAUUCUGGAUAUAAAGUUAAAUAUAACUAAAGUAUAAAGGAGAACUUCAGAUGUAUUCACACAGCAGGAAAUCUAUUUGAAAUUAAAAUGUUUGACAGUUGCAUAGCUUUGGAGGGAACGGUUUACCCUAGUGCAAGUGAUUUUCAGGUAAUUUUUUGAGAUACGAGAAUUUAAAAAUGGCAAAAUGGUUCAUUUUCUACUGUUGAAUUGGGGAUUGAUUUCAUUUUUUUUCUCGGUAAUUAACAUAAAGUAGUGCAUCACGCGGUCCAUUGGGGUUGCCUUUCUGUAAUUUGGCUUUUUAUUUAGUCUGGUAUGUUCGUUGUGUAGUAUUUGCCGUAAGAGUUGAUGACUAGACAAACCUGUGAAGUUGAGAAGAAAUUGAACAGAAUUUUCUGUUUGCUUGUCCACGUUCAAAGCCAUCUUACACAGCAGUUUUUACAAUACAAGAGUACAACUUUAUUAGCCCUUUCUCACUCUGCAUUUUCAUUUUUGACACUGUCUCUUUUUUUUUUUUUUUUAUUUAUUUUUCUGUUUUAUUUAUGUAUUUUCUAAGAGUUGGUGAAUCCUAGAAAUAUCGUUCUUUUUUUUGUAUGAUGAGGUUUCGACUAAUGUAGUUUAAUUAAUUUUUUUUUCUUUUCUUUUUUUUUUUUUUUUUUAUAUAAAUGUAAAACUUCAUUUAUAUACCAAAGGGCACCUCUGCAGUCCUACAAGUGCAAUGACAAAUGGAACACUCUUAAUUUUAAAUAUGUGAAUUUUGAGGGGGAUUUAAAGAUAAAAUAGGCAGAGGUUGACAGAAUAACAGUAUUUUUCUGUUAUGUAAAAAGUAUAUUUUGUGUGAUUCUAAUUUAAAGCUCACUUUUAAUAGCAUAUUACUGUGAAGUGCUCCCUCAGUGUUACACUUGAUGUAAAUAAUAAUUAAAAGGGUUGAAGAUU